AUGAAGCUCACCAUCUUCUUCCCUCUGGCCGCUUUCCUUUCUUGGGCUGUUGCCGAGACUACUGAUGCUAUUGAUGAUGCCAGUCCUUGUCUCCUACGUUGUAUGUCCGAGGCUGCUACUGUCGCUGGCUGUGCCUCUUCUGUCGAUUCCGAUUGCACCUGUCCCAGUGUAGCGUUUAAGGAUACACUCGGUGCUUGCUUGAAGGCUGCUUGUACUCCAGAUGAUAUCACAGCUUCGUUUGUCUAA